GCUUGGAAAUGGCCUUAAAUAAAGAUGUGGAAGCCGGGAUGUCGGAGGAGAGGGACAAACUCCAGCCCCUCCUUGGAGGCGACGACGAAAGAUCGCAGAGACCCCGACCUCUGAGACCUAUUCACUUGGGACCAUUCGAGUCUACUCAAAACUCGGCAUUGCAACUGUAUACCUCUUCGGAGGACUUCUCCGAGGCAAACACCCCAUCCGCCACCUCCACAGCCACCAACACACCCAUUACCGGAGUUCCCGAGACCUGGCCUAGAAAAUGGCGGCGAACUGACCGGAGACUUAGGCGAUUGAACACUGAACUGUUGGAAGCCAUUGAAAGCCACGACACUGAGGAGACUGAAAGACUCCUCCAUGCUGGUGCCAACCCCAACGCAACCUGCCGUUUAGCGCUCGUGUCGGCAUGCCACCUCGCAGCUCUAUCAGGUGGCGAUGCCUUGGCCUUGCUCCUCAAGUUCGGAGCUGAAAAACACCGACUCGAUAAACUAGGAAGAACUCCGUUACACGUGGCCGCUUGGGCUGGCAAUGCCAGACAAAUGGCUAUGUUACUGGAUUUCCCAGAAGACAUGCAAACUCGCGUGGAAAACGACAGCAUGUCAUCAGAGGCUGAGGAAGACGUGAAGAAGCUCUGCCCAAAAACCAGAGAUCUGGCGAAUAUUCGCUGUGACCUUGGGGAAGUUAAGACUCUGCUGCCAAAAACCUGGAAGGACAAUAUUGACCAUAAUUGCAAAGACAUUACUGGCAGUUUUCCCCUCAUACAACCGGGCUGGACGCCUCUUCACGUGGCAAGCGCGUGCGCACGACGUCACUGCACUAGACUGCUAUUGGCUGCUGGAGCAGACCCGAACAUUGCCGACGUCGCAGGUCGCACUCCAUUGGACGUAGCUGGCUUCGCCUAUUAUUACUCUGAAACUAUUAACGUAGACAAUUUCACAGAAGUAAUAAAAAUGUUGCUCAAAGCUGGAGGGCAAUUUAAUACAAUGAAGGCUGGGGGCAUAAACAAUCUGGACACUCCUCUGCACACGGCAGUUGCACUGGACACUCUUGAUACUAUUACUGAACUACUCAACGCUGGUGCCUCGAUCGCUUGUCUGAACAAAGCUGGUCAAACCCCAUUGCAUGUCUGUGUAUUGAAUAAAUUGGAAGAACCUUUACAGAUGAUGGCGAACCACGGGAUCAACGACGCAGACCCUCUAGCAGCCAUGGUCGACGUUAAAGAUGGUGACGGUCGCACUGUUCUGCAGGUGGCAGUUGCCGCAGCGUGGGUGCCUGGUGUCUGUAUUGCUUUAGAAGCUGGCGCCGAUGUUACUUUAAAAGCAAAUAACGGAGAAACACCGGUACAUACUGCUGCAGCACUAGGCAAUAUUGACGUCUUGAACGAAAUUCUCAGUGUAGCCAAACAAUCAAAUUUCAUUGACUGCCAAAACGACGAAGGUGAAACACCUCUGUUUAAAGCCAUAUUUAAUGGACAUUUGGACUGUGUUCAAGCUUUACUUGCUGAAGGAGCUAAACUGAAAAUUACUCUGCCAGGAGACAUAAAUGUUUUACACGCAGCCGCUGAAUAUGGCCAUUCAGAAAUACUAAAAUAUUUACUUGAAUAUGACGAAGCUAUUACAGAUGCAUUAUUAAAUACUUUAACAGCUGCAGAUAGAAGAGGUUUUGGUCCCAUACAUUUCGCCGUAUCAAACAAUCAUGCCGAUUGCGUAGAGUUAUUAUUGUCCAAAAAUGCUGAUAUCAGAUUAAGGACUACAUGUAGUCCACAUAAGUCGUCAACACCUUUGCAUAUUGCUGCAGUCAAAAACCAUGUCGAAAUAGCAAAAAUAUUACUAUCUUUUGAUAAGACAAUAAUACAUGAAGUCAACAGCAUGGGUUGGUUUCCUCUACAUUCAGCCGGACAUCAUGGUAGCAGAGAUGUCAUAAGCUUACUCCUAAGAGAAGGAGCAGAUUUAUCAGGCUAUACUGAUGGUCCUAAGAAAUUCAGAAAGACUGCAAUAGAUUUAAUAAUAAAUAAUUUAUCGAAACCAGCAGAUUUUUUGGAAGAAGUUUUUGAUUCUUACAUUUCGACAAAUAAUUUGAAUGUGCAAGAUCCAAAUUGUGAGAUAUCAGUGGACUAUAGAAUACUAAUGCCUAGUGUGUGUGAAACAGAUCAGAUGAAAGUGAUACAGGCAUUGAUAAAGACGGGUAAUAGAUAUGGACAAAAGAGAUUGCUAGUGCAUCCAUUGGUGGAGAGUUUUCUUUACCUAAAAUGGAAGGCCUUGCUGCCAUUUUUCUAUACAAUAAUAGCAAUGUACGCGUUAUUCGUGAUGUCAUUGACCAUUUUUAGUGUGUCCGUAUUUUUCUAUAAAGACACGGCGGAUAAACCACCAAUGUGGCUGAGUCCAUUUAUUUGGGUAUAUAUUGUCUACAUUUCAAUAACCUUAUUGCUUUUACAGGAACUUCUCUACAUGAACAUUAAAAGCAGUCGGUACUUCCUCCAAAUGGAAACGUGGACCAAAUUCGGUUCCAUCGGCCUAGCCGCCAUCUUACCGCCUGCAGUCAUCAUAAGCUCUUGGUCCGAGGGGGAUUGGUCUCGACAUGUGGCCACAUUGGCUUUGCUGCUAUCCUGGGUGGAGUUAAUGUUCUUAUUGUCUAGAUUCCCAAAUUGGGGAUACUAUGUACUCAUGUUUGGCAAGGUCGCUUCUAAUGUUGUGAAGAUUCUCGCAACAUUUGCAUUUUUAGUAAUCGGUUUCUCCCUCUCUUUUAUGAUACAAUUUAAAUCAAAGAUACCCUUCGAAGGCCCCUGGGCUGCAUUGGUAAAAACCAUGGUCAUGAUGACUUCAGAGUUCGACUACGUUGCUUUAUUCGACGAGGAACAUUCUAAGGACUUGGCCGCUUCUUUAGUAAUCGUUAGAUUUAUAUUUGUCGUAUUUCUGAUCCUUGCUGCAAUUGUUUUAAUGAAUUUAAUGGUUGGUGUAGCUGUUAAUGACAUUAAUGAUUUGGAGGUUCUUGGUAAUAUCAGAAGAUUGGCUAAACAAGUCGAGUUUUUAGGCACUUUAGACACUCUAGUCUAUAACAAAAUAUUUACUACUAUUUUACCAAGAAAAGUCAAUCGUAGUAUAAAGAAUAAAAGAAACGUGGUUGGGAUUUUAAUUCUUUAUCCUGGAAAACCCAGAUGGCGGCAUUACAAAUUAUUGCCUUCGAGGUUACGAGACGCCAUUCUAAAUAAAGCCUUAACACAAAAGAAGCAAAUGGAUGAUGAAUUGGGUUUACAAAGAUUUAGAACUAAAUUAGAUGAAAUGUAUGAAGCUAUUAUGAACAGAAAAGUAGAAAAAGACAAGAAGCAGCUGGAACCUUCUGAAGUAGAUAGGCCUGUCAAAAUAGUAAGACAGGAAAGAAUAAUAAAGCAUUUGAGUGAUUUAGAUGAUGAUAUGGAAGAAAUGAAAAAUUAUAUGAUGGAGAAUGUAAAAGAGUCAAAAUCAGAUAUUCAGCAGUUGAAUGUUAAAAUAGAUCAAAUGUCUUUGGACAUUGAAGUUAUUAAGCAACUUUUAAGUAGAUUGGAAAGUAAAAUUGGUGCUACGAAACAAUAG